UCGCAUAUAAUACACAGUCGAACCGCUAAAUAUUGUGCUGUGUCAAGACGUUAUCAAGUUUUCAACGCACAUAAAAUUGUAUAAAUUAAUUUAAUAAUAUCAAAAUGAGUUUUGGAUUUGAUUCUUUAAAGUCUGAGCCUAAAGGCUUUGCAGAUAAUUCCUGUGGUAGUCCUUAUGGCGUCCAGAGUGCUUUUGUUUCUGGAUUGGGCGGUGUUAGAAAGCAAAUGGGAUGCCCGCAUCCACUAGAAAAGUCACAAUUGAAUUUUCAUAAAAACCAAGAAAAGAUGGAAAUGUUAGUUCUUCGUAAUACACAAGGAAUUCAUGCUCCAAUGCGUUUAGCGAUGGAAAUCAAAGCAGCUGAAAAAAUUGGUAGACUUCCAUUCUUGCCAUCUUCAAAUCUCAUGAAGGAUAUUAUUCUUGGACGUGAAGAUGAUAUUGGCUUUGAAGAUAUUUUGAAUACAGCUGAAUUCAGAGAACAAAUGGGACAGCCACAUGCUGUGGUGGAAAAAAGUUUAGGAAUCUUGUAAGAUUGGCCAGCAUAGUGAUAUUCAAUAAAUAAAACAGUGCUAAAUGCA